CAGAGCCGUCGUCAUUUAGUCCACUAUAUGUAUCAGAAAAUGAAAACUGCUCUUUUGUUUCUCUUUCCCUCAAAACCUACGCCGACGCCGGUGCUGUGGAAAACUUACAUUAUUCGAAAUACAAAUCCAAAUUUGUCAUUGAAGAAUUCUUCUGAGAGAAUAUAUAUCACAGUGUUUGGUUUUCAAUGGCGUGGAGGAAUUUGUUAUCAUGGUUUUCUCUUCAGAAUUUCAGAGGUUUGUUUCAGCAGGAAGGCAGAAUGAGGGAGGUGGAUCUCGGAGCACACACCAUUAGAUCUCAUGGAGCCAAACUUGCAAGGAACCACAUGCACGACUGGCUUAUAUUACUCCUCCUUGUAGUGAUAGAGAUCAUUCUGUAUAUCAUCCAUCCAUUUUAUCGCUUUGUUGGAAAGGAUAUGAUGGAAGACCUUAAAUAUCCUUUCAAAGACAACACUGUGCCUACAUGGUCUGUGCCUUUGUAUGCAGUUUUGUUGCCCAUUGCCAUUUUUAUUUUCUUCUACAAUAGAAGGAAAGAUGUUUAUGAUCUGCACCAUAGCAUUUUAGGCCUAUUGUUUUCUGUUUUGAUUACUGCUGUCAUCACGGAUGCCAUAAAGAAUGCAGUUGGUCGGCCCCGGCCUGAUUUCUUCUGGCGUUGCUUUCCUGAUGGAAAGGAAUUCUAUGAUCGGUGGGGAGAUGUGAUAUGUCAUGGUAAGGAUAGUGAUAUAAAAGAAGGACAUAAGAGUUUCCCAAGUGGUCAUACUUCAUGGUCAUUUGCUGGCUUAGGAUUUUUGUCAUUGUACUUAUCUGGUAAAAUCAAAGUAUUUGAUCGCAGAGGGCAUGUGGCAAAAUUAUGCAUCAUUUUUUUGCCCCUACUUGCUGCAUCUCUCGUUGGCAUAUCUCGGAUCGACGACUACUGGCACCAUUGGCAGGAUGUGUUUGCUGGAGCUCUAAUAGGGCUCGUUGUUUCAGCUUUUUGCUAUAUGCAGUUUUUCCCAGCCCCAUAUAGUGAAGAAGGAUGGGGACCUUACGCAUAUUUCCAAGCUUUGGAGGAGUCACGUUCUAAUACAAAUGGUGGGCAGCCUGCAAAUGCACUGAAUAUGCAGGCCAUGGAUGUACAAGUGGCGAGCUUAGAACUCCGGCAAAUUGGCAAUGGAUUUAGGUUGUUGGAUGAAUUGGAAUCAGGAAGGAGGUGAACUUGUAUAUUUUGUAUUUUGUUUUAAUUCAGAUUAUGUACAUAUACAUUAUAAAUUGUGGAAGUUUUUACCUUUUGGGAGCCGAGAAACAUUAGAAA